AUGACAAGUCUCUCCUCUUGCUUCUCUCUCUCUGUCCCCUCAGACCCAGUGGACGUGUUGCGGGCUCUGCAGGUUCCCUCUCUCCCUGAGGGUGUGAAGAAAGUCCCCGGCUUCUGCACAUCCCGUCGCUCCGGCAGCCCCGACCAUGCUUACCGCAUCACCAAGAAGGCCCAGAUCUCUGCCCCCACCAAGCAGCUCUUCUCAGGUCGUUUCCCGGAGAACUUCUCCAUCAUGGCUCUGGUUAAGGCCCAUGCUGGUCUCCAGGCCUUCCUCCUCUCCAUCUACAGUGAGCAGGGCAUCCAGCAGCUGGGCAUCGAGCUGGGACGCUCUCCUGUUUUCCUGUACGAGGACCAGAACGGCAAGCCAGCCCCCGAGGACUACCCGCUGUUCAGAGGCGUCAACCUGGCUGAUGGCAAGUGGCAUCGCAUCGCUUUCUCCGUUUCCAAGAAAAACGUGACUCUGCUGCUGGACUGCAAGAAGAAGAUGACCCGCCCCCUGCCCCGGGGCAACAACGCUGAGGUCGACACCAAUGGCAUCACAGUGUUCGGAGCCCGUCUGCUUGAUGAGGAGGUUUUCCAGGGAGACAUCCAGCAGCUGCUGAUCGCCUCCAACCCCCAGGCUGCCUAUGACUUCUGUGAACACUACAGCCCUGACUGUGACUCCCCUCUGCCCAAGACCCAGGCUCAGGACCCCAACACAUACUACUUUGAUGAGGAGCAGGAUGACCAUGAAUACCCCUAUUAUUAUGAGGAAACAACAGGCGUUCCCUCCUCCUCUGCGCCCCCCUCUCCCCCACCUGGGGCCCCCGCUGUCAACUUGACCAAUCAGGAUGUAGGCACUGAAUAUACCGAGGCUGGCCACACCGCUACAGAGACUGAUUAUUACUAUGAGGAGACGGACCCACUGCCAGAGGGUGAGGUGAUUGGACAUGAAGUGGUCCCUGUGCAGGAGGUAGAGGCCACCAAGGCAGGCGGAGCGGGCGAGGAGGUCUUCACUGAGGAGUAUGUGACAGGGGACGAGAAGGAAUACGACUAUUCCUACAGGGACUACAAUGAGCCGAUAAUGGAGACUGGAGAGGUCGAUGCCAACAUGGGCCCCGCCCUGUCCGCUGUGACAGACGAGGGAGGCGCCGCCGUCAGAGGCCAGAAAGGAGAGAAAGGAGAACCUGCCGUCCUGGAGCCUGGUAUGCUGAUUGAAGGCCCUCCAGGACCUGAGGGACCUGCUGGUCUUUCCGGCCCCUCCGGCCCCUCUGGACCUCCUGGCUCUGUUGGCGACCCUGGCGAGAGGGGUCCUCCUGGUAGAGCUGGUCUGCCUGGAGCUGAUGGAGUCCCUGGACCUCCUGGAACCUCAGUGAUGCUGCCUUUCCGUUUUGGUCAGAGUGGAGGAGAUAAGGGUCCGGUUGUCUCUGCACAGGAAGCCCAGGCAGCAGCCAUCUUGUCUCAGGCCAGGAUGGCUCUGAAAGGACCUCCUGGACCCAUGGGAUUCACUGGACGCCCUGGACCCCUGGGAAGUCCUGGAAGUCCUGGUCUGAAGGGAGAGAGCGGAGACCCCGGUCCUCAGGGCCCCAGGGGACCCCAGGGUUUGAUGGGACCUCCAGGCAAAGCAGGAAGAAGAGGCCGCGCUGGAGCUGAUGGUGCCAGGGGAAUGCCAGGAGAGUCUGGAUCUAAGGGUGACCGUGGUUUUGAUGGUCUUCCUGGUUUGCCCGGUGACAAAGGACACAGGGGUGACACAGGACCAAUGGGACCCCCAGGAUCCCAAGGAGAGGACGGAGAGAGGGGAGACGACGGAGACGUUGGACCCAGGGGUCUCCCAGGUGAACCAGGACCUCGCGGUUUGCUCGGACCCAAAGGUCCUCCUGGAAUCCCUGGACCUCCUGGUGUACGAGGAAAUGACGGGCACCAAGGUCCCAAAGGAAACUUGGGUCCCCAAGGAGAGCCAGGACCUCCAGGUCAGCAGGGAACCCCAGGAACUCAGGGAAUGCCAGGACCUCAGGGAGCCAUUGGACCCCCAGGAGAGAAAGGUCCCACAGGAAAACCAGGUCUGCCAGGAAUGCCUGGUGCUGACGGCCCUCCUGGCCACCCAGGAAAGGAGGGGCCUACUGGCACCAAAGGAAACCAGGGUCCCAACGGUCCCCAGGGAGCUAUUGGCUAUCCUGGCCCUCGUGGCAUCAAGGGAGCUCAAGGAAUCCGUGGUCUGAAGGGCCACAAGGGAGAGAAGGGAGAAGAUGGUUUCCCUGGAAUUAAAGGAGAUUUUGGUUCCAAGGGAGAGAGGGGUGAGAUUGGAGUACCAGGGCCCAGAGGAGAGGACGGUCCAGAGGGGCCAAAGGGUCGCGUCGGACCCCCUGGUGAGCUCGGACCACUUGGACUUGUUGGAGAGAAGGGUAAACUUGGCGUACCUGGACUUCCUGGAUAUCCUGGAAGACAAGGACCCAAGGGAUCUCUUGGAUUCCCAGGAUUCCCUGGUUCAAACGGCGAGAAAGGAACAAGAGGUCUCAGCGGCAAAGCAGGACCAAGAGGACAGAGAGGACCAACGGGCCCCAGAGGACAGAGAGGACCGAGGGGCGCAACUGGGAAACCAGGAGCAAAGGGAACCUCGGGCAGCGAUGGCCCUCCUGGUCCUCUUGGAGAGAGGGGAUUGCCCGGGCCUCAGGGAGCCAACGGUUUCCCCGGACCAAAGGGACCUCCUGGACCACCAGGAAAAGACGGACUGCCUGGACACCCCGGGCAGAGAGGAGAAGUUGGUUUCCAAGGUAAAAUGGGUCCACCUGGGCCUCCCGGAGUUGUUGGACCUCAGGGCCCAUCGGGAGAGACCGGCCCCAUGGGUGAGCGCGGCCACCCCGGACCCCCAGGUCCACCUGGAGAGCAGGGACUUCCUGGUCCCUCAGGGAAGGAGGGCACUAAGGGAGACCCUGGACCCCCAGGAGGCCCUGGUAAGGACGGGCCCCCUGGACUGAGAGGUUUCCCCGGAGAGAGAGGACUGCCUGGAACCCCUGGAGGUGGAGGACUGAAGGGAAGUGAAGGACCUGCUGGACCUCCUGGACCUGCUGGGUCUCCUGGUGAGAGGGGACAAGCUGGUACUGCUGGACCUGUUGGACCUCCUGGCAGACCGGGCCCCCAGGGGCCUCCUGGAAACGCUGGGGAGAAGGGAGUCCCUGGCGAGAAAGGCCCUAUUGGCCCGGCAGGCCGUGAUGGAGUGCAGGGUCCCGUUGGUCUGCCUGGCCCUGCCGGAUCACCUGGAGUACCCGGAGAGGACGGAGACAAGGGUGAGGUUGGGGAGCAUGGUCAGAAGGGCGCCAAAGGAGGGAAAGGAGAGCAUGGUCCUCCGGGUCCACCUGGGCCAAUGGGUCCCGUCGGUCAGCCUGGUCCUGCUGGUGCUGAUGGAGAGCUUGGCCCGAGGGGUCAGCAGGGGCCUUUUGGAGCUAAAGGUGACGAGGGAUCCAGAGGAUUCCCAGGAGCCCCAGGACCCAUCGGACUGCAGGGACUGCCAGGACCACCAGGUGAGAAGGGAGAGACGGGAGACGUCGGACCUCUGGGUCCUCCAGGCCCUCCAGGACCCCGUGGCCCAGCUGGACCCAACGGUGCUGACGGUCCUCAAGGUCCUCCUGGUGGUAUUGGUAAUCCUGGAUCUCUUGGAGAAAAGGGAGAGCCUGGUGAGUCUGGACCACCUGGAAUUGUGGGAGAGCCUGGAAAGAAGGGUCCUCGCGGGGAGCGCGGAGAGAAGGGAGAGGCCGGACAACCUGGAACUGCUGGACCCGCUGGAGGACGAGGACGACCUGGAGACGACGGACCCAAAGGAAACCCUGGUCCUGUUGGUUUCCCUGGUGAUCCUGGUCCCCCUGGUGAGGUUGGACCCAGAGGUCAAGAUGGCGCCAAGGGAGAGAGAGGAGAAGAUGGUGAAGCGGGAGAGUCUGGCUCCCCCGGACCUCCUGGUGAGAACGGACCUCCCGGCCCCCCAGGAAAGAGGGGUCCAGCUGGAACAAGAGGACCAGAGGGACGUCAGGGAGAGAAGGGAACCAAGGGAGACCCAGGUGCUGUUGGCCCACCAGGAAAAACCGGCCCCGUCGGCCCCCAGGGCCAACCAGGGAAACCAGGAACAGAAGGUCUCAGAGGUCUCCCAGGAUCAGUGGGUGAGCAAGGAUCUCCAGGACCUGCCGGACAGAAAGGACCACCUGGACCCCUGGGACCUCCUGGUUUGCCUGGUCUGCGCGGAGACCCCGGUUCCAAGGGAGAGAAGGGACACCCAGGUCUUAUCGGUCUCAUCGGACCCCCAGGAGAGCAGGGAGAGAAGGGAGACCGAGGUCUGCCUGGGCCUCAGGGAUCCUCCGGACCCAAAGGAGAGACUGGAAUGUCUGGAGGCACGGGACCCAUCGGCCCUGCUGGUCCUCCUGGUCUGCCUGGUCCUCAAGGUAUCAAGGGAGCUAAGGGUGCUAGUGGAGGAGCCGGUCCAAAGGGAGAAAAGGGAGUGCAGGGACCUCCUGGACCUCCUGGCCCCCCAGGUGAGGUCAUUCAGCCCCUGCCCAUCCAGAGGAGUCCCAAGUCCAAGCGCUCCAUCGACGCCAGCCAGCUGCUCCCCGAGUCCGACCCCGACAUGCCCGCAUCUGACACCGCUGGCACCGAGUUCCUGAUGGGCAGCGAAGGCAUGGAGGAGAUCUUCGGCUCUCUCAACUCCCUCCGACAGGAGAUCGAGACCAUGCGCUUCCCUCUGGGCACCCAGGAGAGCCCCGCCCGCACCUGCCAGGACCUGCACCUCAGCCAGCCAGACCUCAAAGACGGAGAGUACUGGAUCGACCCCAACCAGGGCUGCUCCAGAGACUCCUUCAAGGUCUUCUGUAAUUUCACUAACGGAGCAGAGACGUGCCUGUAUCCCAGCAAGAGCAUCAACACGGUGAAGAUGAGCUCCUGGGACAAAGAGACUCCAGGAUCCUGGUACAGUCAGUUCGCCACUGGUAGUAAGUUCUCCUACAUGGACUCUAACGGCGAGCCUGUGGCCGUGGUCCAGCUCGGCUUCCUGCGUCUCUUGAGCGUCCAGGCCCGCCAGAACUUCACCUACCACUGCCACCGCUCAGUGGCCUGGGCCGACAAAAGCGCCAAGAACAGCUACGACAGGGCGCUGCACCUCCGGGGCGCCAACGACGAGGAGCUGAGCUACGAGACCAACCCUUACAUCAAAGCCUUGGUCGACGGCUGCUCUUAUCGUAAGGGCUUCGACAGGACGGUCCUGGAGAUCAACACACCACAGGUGGAGCACCUUCCUCUGCUGGAUAUCAAGGUGUCAGACUUUGGGGAGAGCAACCAGCAGUUUGGCUUUGAAGUGGGACCUGUCUGUUUCCAAGGCUAA